ACUUUCCUCUCUUUUAUUUGUUUUAUGCGGACUUAAUAUUAGUAGACAGUAUGACCAGUAUCGUAGAUAAAUAUUUCAGUCUUAACCGAUACAUUUUACUGAUAGUUGGUUUAUGGCCCUACCAACAAUCGAAACUUGCCCGAUUUUAUUUCUUUUGUUGCAACAGUAUAAUUCCAACUAUUGUUAUAUUUCAGUUUUCAACAUUUGUAACCUCACAAUGUACUACAGAUCACGUAAUAAAGAUUUGUUCUUUGUCGUUUGGGCUCAUUACUUUAGCUAUUAUGUACAAUUCGUUUUACAUUAACAGUGACACAUUAAAGUAUUUUAUGGAACAACUUCAGCUAAUUUAUGAUGAUUUAAAAGAUAAUAAUGAAAUUGCUAUUUUUGAAAGAUAUGGAACCAUUGCAAAACGUUAUACGAUUGCGUUUAUAAUGACUCUCGUUUGCAAUUUACUUAUUUUUAUUAAUAUCCAAUUGUGGCCAAAUUUUAUUGGUAUUAUUUUAUCUACAAACGAGUCUCGACUACGCCGCCUGCAAAUCACAACCGAAUAUUUUAUUUAUCAAGAAAAAUAUUACUAUAUACAGCAAUACCACCUAACUGCAGCUUUUUGCAUAGGAUUUACUUCAUCAGUAACAGCAGGAGCAAUGCUCUUUGCAUGCUGUCAAUAUAUAUGCGGAAUGUUUAAAAUUGCUAGAUGUUUAGAACUCAAUUCAGACAUAAUUGUGCUGUAUUCAUUCCAUAAUAAACGGAUAAUGAAUUUAAACAAGAGGAUUCGAGGAAAUGUUCACAUGUGACGGUGAUCAUGUCAGUGCCGAACUGUCCGUAGCAAUCUUUAUAUAAUUGAUGACUUUUUCACGAAUACGAUUCGCAUAGCUCACUAAUGUAUCUGAAUAAUAAAAACACUGAACAAUUAAUAAAAUAUUAUAAUUGAAUAUAGGGAAACUCUAAAUUUUAAACUGGGAAUUAAUUAUAUUUUAAUGACAAAUUCUUUUUAAUAU